AUGGCUGCGCCAUGGGUUCUUGCUUGCAGCUUGCUGCUGCUCUGCUUGGCGGCCUUUCAGGGAGCUGAGGGUGCGAUUGGCGUGAACUACGGCAUGAUCGCCAACAACCUGCCGGCGCCGGAGCAGGUCAUCUCCAUGUACAAGGCUAAGAACAUCAACUACGUGCGUCUCUUCCACCCGGACACGUCCGUGCUGAACGCGCUCCGCGGCUCCGGCAUCGGCGUGGUCCAGGGCACGCUGAACGAGGACCUCCCGCGCCUGGCGUCCGACCCGUCCUUCGCCGCGUCGUGGGUGGCCACCAACGUGCAGCCCUUCGCGGGCGCCGUCCAGUUCCGGUACAUCAACGCCGGCAACGAGGUCAUCCCGGGGGACACCGCGGCGCAGGUGCUCCCGGCCAUGCAGAACCUGGAGUCGGCGCUCCGGUCCGCGGGGGUCACGGGCGUGCCUGUCACGACGGCCGUGGCCACGAGCGUGCUGGGCACGUCGUACCCGCCGUCCCAGGGCGCCUUCUCCGAGGCGGCCGCGCCGGUGAUGGCGCCCAUCGUGUCGUACCUGUCGUCCAGGGGCGCGCCGCUGCUGGUGAACGUGUACCCGUACUUCGCCUACUCGGGCAGCGGCGGGCAGGUGGCGCUCGGGUACGCGCUGCUGUCGGCAGACGCGGGCGGCGCGGCGUCGUCGGUGACGGACGGCGGGGUGGUGUACACCAACAUGUUCGACGCGAUCGUGGACGCGACGCACGCGGCGGUGGAGAAGGCCGGGGUGCAGGGGCUGGAGCUGGUGGUGUCGGAGACCGGGUGGCCGUCGGGCGGCGGCGGCGACGGCGCCACCGUGGAGAACGCGGCGGCGUACAACAACAACGUGGUGCGGCACGUCGGCGGCGGCACCCCGCGGCGGCCCGGGAAGGACGUGGAGACGUACCUGUUCGCCAUGUUCAACGAGAACGGCAAGGCCGAGGGCGUGGAGCAGCACUUUGGCCUCUUCCAGCCGGACAUGAGCGAGGUCUACCACGUCGAAUUCACGGCGGGCAUGGAUGGAAAGAACUUCAGCAAUAAACAGCAAGCUGAACAAAAGAACCUGGAUGCAGUGACAGACAGUGUUCCAAGCCAAGAUCAAGAGGCCUUGAAUCCGUUUCCAGAUUCAGAUGAUGGAAACACCAGUCCGUUGAAUGGCCAUGAAGCUGAUGUGAACAUGGAAGCUGCCAUCUCGACCGAGGACGUCAUACGAGCUGGUGGGUUCGGAGCGAAGGACAACAUUGGUAGCCUCCUCCCGACAGCAAUUGAUUCUACCGAUUUCGAGGCCUCGCUGCGGGACGCCCGCGAUUUCGAAGGCGAGAAAGAGGCGCCAGCACAUCCUGGACUAGGAUGGAAGGGGGAGAAGGCUGAUGAUGGAAGCAAACCGUCAGAUGUGCCGCAACAGUGA